AUGCACGGCACCUCUUACAACCCCCUCGUCAAGCUCAUCUCCAAGCUCAAGAUCGACCACUACUACGACGACGGCAACCCGCUCUACUUCACGGAGUUCGGACCCGCCGGCCCCAACUUCAAGGCUAAGAACGUUGCCGAUGAGUUUCUGGACUAUCUCCACUAUUGGAUCCAAAAGAACCCCAACGGACCAGACUACUCGGCCGAGGAACACAUUCGCAAGUUCGUGGGACAGCAUGAGCUUAUCACCGAUGAUAAGCGGAUCUGGGCGCCGGAAGCGCUGCGCAUUGUCGAGUCAACCCUCGGUCUGGCUCUCGGUGAGAUCUCAUCCCGAUUCUUGAAUGACAUGUUGCCUCCUCAACGUGACUUGUACGUCAAGGGUGGCUACGAUCGCGUGGUGCACCACGUUGCUCAGCCAGUCCGUGAUCUGCCGGGCGUUCUAAAGCUGCGCCAUGUCGUCCAGAAUAUCGAGUGGAGUCGGUCGCGGGGCGCUUCACCAGUUGCAGUUCAUGCCCAUGGUCCUGAUGGGAAGCCCGUCGUUUUCGACGGCGACGCUAUUGUUGUGACCGUCCCACUUGGAGUCUUGCACCAGAACAAGAUCAUGUUUGAGCCUUCCAUUCCGAAGAGUAUCGCCAUGGGCAUGUCCAGGACCAGCUACGGCACACUCGGCAAGGUGUUCUUCGAGUUCAUAGACGUCUUCUGGUCCAAGCAAAACGACAACUUGGUGUAUUUCCCAACACCGGCUACUUUGGACGAGGACAGCGAGAAGAACAAAUACCCGGUUCUUUCCUACUCUUUCACGGCCACCAACCUGUGGGUCAUGACCGGUGCAAAGAAAAUUUGCAUCCUGCUAUCUCCUCCCGUUGUUUACGAGAUUGAAUCCAUGGGCGGCAAUCCGGAUGAGCUAUUUACCUACUUUGAGCCGUUGCUGGAGCUAUUCAGAACCGAGCCAUACAAAUCGCUUCCGAAGAUGGUGGAUGCAAAGGUCACUUCCUGGACGAAGGACGAAUUUGCGGGCAACGGUACAUACUUUACUGCGAAGGUUGGAGACGACCCGCGAAUUUUAUGGGAUUCAUUGGAGGCUGAGAAGGACUUGCGGCUACAGUUUGCCGGUGAGCACUGUUCCCGUACCGGAACGGGCUGUGUUCAUGGAGCAUAUGAGACGGGCGAAGUUGCCGCGGACAACAUAUGGAGAAUUCUUGGCCGCGAGUAA